UUGAUCCCCAUAUUCUUCUCUUGGAUGGAACAAAAAAUGGACAUCUCAGGCUUCGAAGAAUCCUCUGAAACGGCUGUGAAUUACAGCAGGGAAGAGGAGCUAAAGGCCUUUGAUGAUUCAAGAGCCGGAGUGAAAGGGCUAAUAGAUGCUGGGGUGGCAAAAGUCCCAAAAAUAUUUGUUCGCCCACCGGAUGAGGUUGCUGAGGAGUUUGACAGGUACAAGAACAAUUUACAGGUACCGGUUAUAAAUCUCAGUGCUAUUGAGGGGUGCGAUAGGCGCGAAAAAGUAGUGGAUGAAAUCCGGAUGGCAUCAGAGGAGUGGGGAUUUUUUCAAGUGGUCAACCAUGGGAUCUCCUUGAACGUGAUGAAUGAGAUGAUUGAUGGAGUACGCAGGUUUCACGAACAAGAUCCCGAGGUAAAGAAAUCAUUGUAUACGCGUGAUCGGAUGAACAGAGUGAGAUUUGAGAGUAAUUAUGAUUUGUACGAAUCAAAAGCCGCGAAUUGGAGGGACACCUUGAACAUCUCUAUGCUUGUCUCAGAUCAACUUGACCCUGAUGAAAUUCCCACAGCAUGCAGAGCUGCAGCACUUGAGUAUAUAGAGCAUAUUACCAACCUCGGGCGUACUCUAUUCAAGUUGUUAUCAGAGGCUCUUGGCCUCAAAGAUGACCACUUCAACGGCCUCAAAUGUGGUAGAGGUCGCACCUUUGUUUGCCACUAUUAUCCAGCAUGCCCGGAACCAAAGCUAACUUUGGGAGCUAGCAAGCACACAGAUCCAGCAUUCCUAACUGUACUGCUGCAAGACCAACUUGGAGGUCUCCAAGUCAUGUACAAAAACCAAUGGGUUGAUGUUCAGCCAAUUUCCGGGGCUCUGGUAGUUAACAUUGGGGAUCUUCUCCAGAUAAUGUCAAAUGACGAGUUCAAGAGUGUCGAUCACAAAGUGGUGGCUAACCUUGUUGGACCAAGAAUUUCUGUGGCGUGCUUUUUCACUGGUGUUUUUGUGCCUCCAAAGUUGUACGGCCCUAUCAAAGAGCUGAUAUCAGAUGAAAAUCCUUCGGUAUACAAGGAUUUUCUAGUGAGUGAUUAUAUUGAAAAGUUCUUUUCGAGGGCACUUGACAAGUCUGGCCUCGACUAUUUCAAGCUUUGAAGGUAAUAGGAACUCAGGGGAUGCAUUCUCCAAACAAAACUAUAUCGUCAAGAAGUGAACAAAUAAAAGUUCCUGCGUGGAGCUGUAUAGCCUGUAUUGCGUUUUCGCGAAAACUUUUCCCUUUCGUAUGAGUAAGUUCAAACAUUGAUGUUAAUUAGUUCAAACUUUUCCCUUCAAU